UACCUGGGCGGGGCGCGCCGUGGUUGGCGGCGGCGGGGGCCGAGCCCCCGGAAGAGCCCGCGACUCAGCCAGAGCAACAGGCGGCCGUCUGGGGGCUGGAGCUGGGGUGGACCGGGCCCGCCAUGGACAAGCUGAAGAAGGUGCUGAGCGGGCAGGACACCGAGGACCGGGGCGGCCUGUCCGAGGUUGUUGAGGCAACUUCAUUAAGCUCGGGCACCAGAAUAAAAGGCUUCAUUGCCUGUUUUGCUGCAGGAAUUCUCUGCUCACUGCUGGGAACUCUUCUGCUCUGGGUGCCCAGGAAGGGACUGUACCUCUUCGCAGUGUUUUACACCUUUGGUAACAUCGCAUCUCUUGGGAGCACUGUCUUCCUCAUGGGACCAGUGAAACAGCUGAAGCGAAUGGUAGAGCCUACGCGUUUGAUUGCAACCAUCAUGGUGCUGUUGUGCAUUGCGCUUACCCUGUGUUCUGCCUUUUGGUGGCACAACAGAGGGCUUGCUCUCAUCUUCUGCAUUUUGCAAUCUCUGGCCCUGACGUGGUAUAGCCUUUCCUACAUACCAUUCGCAAGGGAUGCUGUGAAGAAGUGUUUUGCUGCAUGUCUUGCAUAACAUACGGCCGGUUUUGCAAAGCUUUGGAAGGCAUGGUGGAUGGAAGCUCGUGGACCGUGUUGUAAAUAUCUUCUAAAUCUCUGUCUCACAGACAUGUGCCUUUGAUCUUGCAGCGACAUGCUGCUUGCAUUCUGAACACCUGAGGGUUGCUUUUGGAGGCAACGGUGUGUUCCCAAACCCAAAUGUCUGUAGCACGAUAUGAGAGGUGGGUUCUGUAUCUGAUGGAGUGGAAUCUUCCUCACGCGCCUUUGCAUGGUGUUCCACUGAGUUCUCGUAAAUAAAAACCUUGUUAAGCUGCAGCAGAUAAGCCUUGGGGGCCAGUGAUUCCCAGCUGGCAACAGGCCGCCCAGUUGGAGUCACAGGGGUGCAACAGGAAGGGAUAGAGUUUGGGGGUCUACAGGGACUUCAUAGAUUUGUUCCUCAGUGUGGCAUCCGUCACCCCUGCCCCACACAGUGUGGACACGCUUCUACUCUGGUGUCUGGGAACAAGUGCUUCUGCCCUCCUGACAGCUGCACACGAGCCCGUGGAGAGUCUGGCCGUGGACUGAAGUAGAAAAGGAGCACUUUUUGGUGAUGUGUGUUGUUUUUAGAGCUGAGCUGUGGCUGUUUUGCUGUUCUGAUUCCAUCCCUGCCCAUGGAAUGUAUUUUCUAACAUUCAGUGCACACUUUUUUUCUCUUGGGUUUUUCUUUCUUUCCCUCGCCCCGCCCCGUAUCUUUACUCUUGAUCUCCUGGAACGAGAUUGAGAGAGAACAAAGCAGCAGCAGCAAACACUACUGCUUCCUUUUGGACAAGACCUGGGAGGAGGUGAAAAAUCUUGCUGCUCUCUGCUGUAUUUUUUUCCCCCCAUUAUUUAUAAAUGUUUGCUUUUAAACUGAUUUUGUUUUCCGUUCUCCCCUAGAAUGGGGCCAGGGGAGAGUAGGUGGGAAGACAGAGCCCCGCUGUGGAGCCAGCAGGAAGUAGGCACACCUGCCCAGUGACCUUUAAACAGUCCCAGCGUUUGCAGUGGAGCCCAUGCUGGAAACAGUGGGAGAAGACACCAGGGGCUGCGGGGUGGCCAUAUUGCAGCUUGAUGUCUGGCCACAGACAAAGUGCUUUCAUGUCCCUGAUCUUGUCUAGUCCUUGUAAGAGCCUUGUGAUGAAGCAGGGAUUGUUAUCCCACCAGGCAGUCAAGGAAAUCAAGGCUCAGAGAAGUUACGAGAUCCGCCCAAAGCCACAGUCGAUGGCAGAACUGAGCCCCAAGCCUGGGUGCCCCAGCUUUGGUCCCCUUCAUGACACCGCAUUUUCCCGGUGUGACUCUGGUGUUACCUCCUGUAACUGUUUUCCCUGUUUUCAUCAGCCAAGCCUGUGCCUUUUCUGGUUGCAAUCUCUCUACGUCAUUGUAUCUUCUCCUGCUCAGUCUCCCUUUGGGAAGCUUCCUCUUGGAUCUGUAGGCUCUCUAUCAGUCCUUUUGUGCCCUUUUGCUCCACCUUGCGGCCUGACCAUCAGAAUGCUCUAUCUUGAUCGUUGGAGUUCUUGGCAUUACAGGACCUCCAACGUCACCUCCAGAGGAGAAGUCUGUUUGGGUUUGCCUUUCUGUUCUUCACCCAGGUUGGCCGGUCCACUCAGGCUCUUGCUCUGGGAACCUCCAAACCAAAGGCAGUGGUCCACUGCUUGUCUCCUUGCUUGUGGCUAAUUGCUGAAUCCAUUUUCCUGCUGCAGCCAAGACCUCAGACCGGUGAGGCUUUUCUUCUGAACUGGGGAGGUAUGAAUAGGCCUGACGGGGCCAGAGUGAGGAGCCAGUGCUACUGGGUCAUUUUCUAGGCUGUUGAGGGCAUCCUGUCUUCUGCUGAGGCCCCUAACCUACCUUCAGCCAGGAGUGGAAAGUAGAUGCUACCGUCUGGCUUGUGUGGGGUUCCUUCACAGUCCAGGUGCUUCCAGGAGACAGCUCAGCUCUCAGAAGGGCUCUGUGAAGGGGGUCAGAAGUCGUCUUCUCUUUAGAGCUGAUGUGAGGCUAGCCUGGUCACUAUGAGCUUCAAAUAGCCUGGAGUAAUACACCUAAAAGGCUGACCCCUCUGGGCCCUUUUCAGAGGCUGGACUUGACUUUGUGAGACAUGAGGUUAAGAUGUCACCAGGCCUGUAUAAUGUAGUGGUGGUGAACGUGGGCUGUGAAGUCAAGCAGGUCUGGGUGUGAGUUGUGGUUCAGUCACCUGCUAGUGUCGUGUUGAACAAGCUCCUUAACCUCUGGUCCUCACGUCGCUCUAAAAAUAAUGGGGAUAAUGAUUCCUGCCGGAUCAUCACAGGAUGUCAAUGAGAAACGUGUCAAGUGCUUAGCAUGGGACCCAGCAUAGGUAAAUGACAUCUCGGUUAAAGGUGGGUAUUAUUAUUUAAUCCCGGAAAUAAUGGAUGACCAUUGAAGGUGAUAGGGUGACUAUCUCUGGCCAUUAAUUUAUCUAAAAAAGCUUAUUUGGUAGUACGUGCCCGGCACUGUAGACAUUGCCACGCACUAUCUCAUUGAAUAUUCACAGUCACUUUGCCAGGCUAGCAGUCUUGUUUCCAUUAUUAGAGAAGGAACAGCCUCAGAGCGGGUAAGGGGUCUGUACCAGAUCUCACCAGCCGAGGGCGCUACCUCUUGCAUGAAAGCUCCUGCUUUGCCUUAACUCUGGAGACCUGUGGCCAGUUUGUUCAGACAGCUCCAGUCCGGACACCUUGGCAGCUUGUGGGUGAUCCCGCCUUCCAGGAUCUUCCAGACUCCAAAAUUUUUCCUUCUGCCGCCUUACCCUUUGGUUGCUUCCCUACCUGUUUUUGUCUGCCGGACUGUAGGAGUAAGAAAUCCAUUUCAGAUGUGCUGAAAGCUGUUACCAAGCAACUGUGCUGGUUAAAAGCAAUCUCGUGGGUGAGAUGAAGAGUGGAGAGUUAGGGUUUUAGGUCCUGUGGUUGGUCGUGGUCUCUCUUUCCCUGCUCCCCUGCCUUCUAUCCUACCCCGUUCACUGCUGGGUGAAGGAGAGAUCCUUGCAUUUUGGAAUGAAGGGAACCGUUGAGGUAGCUCUUUUGCAGACAAGGAAUGUGUUCGUGCAAGGCUGUGCUUCCCACAGCUGGGUGGGAGCGCUGGCCUGAGCGCUCUUCCCUGGCUGUGUUGGCCUGUGACCGCUGUGUUGGGAGCAGCACGGCUCUCCAGACUUGGAGAGCCGGCUUCCAGGGCUCUUGACCCUCUCUGCCUUCUCCCCACCCCUUAGAGACUGGGCGGGUCUGCUGACUAACCCACUGCUUCCCAUCUCCUCCUGUCUCGCUGUCUGAGAGGUCUCCGCUUUUGCCCGAUGUGCUCGGGGGAACCUCUGGCUCUCCAGCCCCUCUGCGUGGCUGUGCCUGUGGCCACUGCUGCUGAGACCCGGCCCGAGGUUCCUGCUCUCCCUCCCUCCCACAGACGGGCCGUCUCGUCCUGGGGAAGGACCGACCACUGUCCGCAGCUGAGCAUUCUCACUGGCUUCCCUGUCUCAGUGCUUGGAGCCCCUGGGCAUCAGGGCGUCACGCCUGUAUGGUGACUGUGGGUUAUACACCUGAGUGCUACCUGCCACCCUAAUCAGUACAUGCUCAGGGAGCAGGAAAUACAACCAUGAAAUGCAUCUAAAUAAAAUUACUUUUGGAUACUUCUGUUAGAAAAGAUAAUUAAGAAGUGGGUCAUACCUUAAAAAAAACAAAAAGGGGUAUGGGGAUACCGGUUUGGCUGCUUCUGCUUUUGAUAGCUCCACGAGAGUGACAUGUGCUGGAACACGUGUGAUGAGCCUUGGUGGAAUGAACUAGGGAAUGGAGCUGCAGCCCUGUGGCUGCGGGGUCCUUUUUCUAUGGGGCCGCCUACACCAGUCUUGCCUUCUUGUCUCUUUCCUUAGAUAACUUCUGACUAGAGUCUGCUGUAGGAUUACAGAUACUUCAAAAUCCACAACCCAUCCUUCAACUUCAUUUUCAGCAAAUCAACAACAAGGACAGAAAUCAGUGUUUAAGGUUUAUAGAGCCAUGUUGCUAGAUUACAGGCAUUGUUCUUUUGGUUUUAAAAAUCCAAGACUUUUUAAGAUAAGUUUGAAGAUGUGCAGUAGCUUCCUUGCAGAUAGCAUUUUUAAAAAAGCGAACAGACCUUCACCUGAAGUUAAAUACUGAUUGAUAUCUGUGUAGCUCUCGGUAAGAUUAACAAAAGAAUUUACAUUUAGAAGUCUAAAUUUUUUAGCAAUUUAUAUUUAAAAAGUUGGGGGAUUAAAUCAUGUGACUUUUGAGCACCUUCUAAUUCAUAAUUUGAUGCAAUGCUGAGAUCUGGAGGAUUUUUUGUCAAGUGAAGAGGAGAGUGCCGUGCAGUGUUCUUGCCUCCGGUUUACUUGAGAUAGGGCAUUUAGUCCCACUUUUCGGUUAUUUCUAGUUCUACCCUGAAUGCAUAGGUGACACUCCUAAGCCCCUGGUACACUUAAGCUUUGCCGUUGAUGGCUCAGAUUUCUGUCCCUUGACCUCACAAAGGGCCCCACAAAGCACCGGCAGAGGUCUCACCACGGAGCUUGUGAACAGAGCCCACGGUCCGUCAGAGCCUUUGUUACUGUAAAUUGACUGAAUAAAAUUAUGUCCUUCUUAGCAGGAGCUGAUAAGCUGACGAUGGGCUUGGAAAUGUACAAAACAUUUCCUAUAGACGGGAUGAGCUGAAAGCAGGAAAGAGUGUGUUCACUAGACAGGAGGAACAUGGCUAUUUGGAGUGAAAGGUCAGUCCACAGCAUCAUAAUAAACAAUUACUACUGAUGUGUAUAUUCACAACAAAGUAAUGACACUACACUUAAUAAACAGCACCAAAAAAUAGACAUAGCAUGGACAAAAGUUCCCUGAUAUACAUGGCUGCCUAGACUUAAUAUCCUUGUGGAUCCUUGGGAGGCAUCCUUUGAGACCAAACUGAGACUUGUCAGAGAAUGUUGGUCUCUGCCUGUUGAACUUCCAUACUGCAAGAAGAAGUAAUGAGCCUUAAGUACAGAUGAACCUUGUGUAAUGUCUUAAAGGAGAACCAUAGUUUACAUGCAAUCUUGUGGUCUUUUUGCUAUGAGAAGUGCUUAUUUUGCCCUUUUCAAUGUUUUUGCUUGACUUCGCCAUUUGGAACAAGGAAAAAAAAAAAAUUAAAACCUCUGAACUCUGAUCUUUCGCUGCUUUUGUACAUUCUGAUUGCACAGUUGAGGGUAAGGAUGUUCAGAAGCCCAUGGGGAAUUUAUAUGCUUUCAGAACGUUGUGCCUGUUUUAGUAUGAUGAGCUUUUAAAACACUUUGUUAAAACAUCAAUUUUUGUAACUGUAUAGAUACUCAGCUAAUUUUGAAUGCUGCUGGUGGCAUACCUAAAUUUUCAUAUUGCAAAAUACAUUCUUGUGUGCUGCUUUUCCUACCUUGAGAUGCUGUUUCAUACAGUGAAGAUUGUUUUCUUUUUACUAACUCAUUUCAGAGAAAGAAUUUUACUGUUAAGUAAGCUGUUUUUUUCCCCCAAAUAUCACAAAACAAUUCUU